AUGCAGCCGCUCCUGCUCUUGCUGGCCAUUCUUCUGACCCCCAGGGCGGGGACAGAAGAGAUCAUCGGGGGCCACGAGGCCAAGGCCAACUCCCGCCCCUACAUGGCAUUUGUUGAGUCUGUGACUGAGGGACGCAAGAUGAGGUGCGGAGGGGUCCUCGUGCAGAAAGACUUUGUUCUAACGGCUGCUCACUGCCUGAAAAGCUCAAUCACAGUCACCCUCGGGGCCCACAACAUCAACAAGCAGGAAAAGACCCAGCAGGUCAUCCCUGUGAAGAGAGCCAUCCCACACCCAGACCACAAUAAUAUGGCCAACGACAUCAUGUUGCUGCAGCUGCAGAGGAAGGCCAAGAAAAACCAAGCUGUGAAGCCCCUCGGUCUGCCCAAGAGCAAGAACCAGGUGAAGCCAGGGCAGGUGUGCAGUAUGGCCGGCUGGGGACGAGACCAGCGGAUGGUAUUGCCAGACACACUGCAGGAGGUGGAGCUAACAGUGCAGAAGGACAAGGAGUGCGAGUCACUCUUCCCUGGCAAUUACACCAGAGACACCCAGAUCUGUGCAGGGGACCCAACGAAGAAGAAGGCCGGCUUCAAGGGAGACUCCGGGGGCCCCCUCGUGUGUGGCAAAGUGGUCCAGGGUAUUUUUUCCAGCGGACGUCGGAAUAGG